CAUGGCUUGUAAUUGCUCUUUUUCCCAUUUUCUGAAUAUUAAUUGGCAUAGUGAAAUUGAAGAAUUUGACCGCGAAUUUCAACGCGUUAAAGCAGUAACCGAACGAGGAUUCUUCAGUAAAGAUGAAUAUAUGGAUAUUUAUAAAGUCACAGGAGUAGAAGUCGAUAGUAGACGUGUUUUUGGAGAAUUUUGCGAAAAAAUAAUGAAAUCAACUUUCGCUCGCUUUGCCUCUUCUGUAAGAAAUCUUCCAGGAUUGGAUGAACUAUCUGCAAUCGAGUUUGUUCUGACAAUCUUGGAAAAUAAGGAAGAUGUGCAAUUGCCUAUUGCGAUUUCACAAGGUAACAAAUGGGUCAAUGAUUCAUUACUUAUGAAAUUAGACGACGAACACAUAUUAGAGAUGACCAAGCAGCAAUUCAUAAAUAUGUGUGAUCCUGGAAUGACAGCUGUUCACCAAGAAUGCAGCCGUCUAAUAGAAAAAACAAAUUUAACGUUUGAAGAGACAACAUUCUUGGUAUCUCUCAAUUUGCUAUACCCUAAAAGGGAAAGGCGUCAUUUGAUACAUAUGCAUCAAAGAUUUAUUCUCGCUUUUACAAGAUAUCUUGAAAGUCAGUAUGGAACGAAAUAUCAUAUAAGAUUAAUUGAACUAGUGAAUUUAAUGAGUUCCUUAAAACUUCAUGCUAGAACUGGACAAAAAUGGUUACGAGAUAAUGAAGAGUAUUUGAAUACAGUCUAUAGGUCUAAAAUUAUGAAAAUAUUUACGAAAAACCUACCUCUAGAACAAGCUAAUACUCUACUAAAAGAACUUAAGAUAUGA